AAUGUUGUCCAUCUAGACAUUGCACCCAUGCCAGACCACAGAGAUGGUGUUUUUUUUAUUUUUCUUCUUGCCUACAGAGGCAAAGGCCUCAUGGAAUGCCUCAAUACGCUUUGUGAAGAUUGCUGUUUGCAGACCAGGCAUACAAGGCAACAUGAUUAUAUUUUGGAGAUCCACACUCUUCACUAAUGUGUCUUCUGGCCAGUCCCUGUCCACAUCAGUCUGUCCAUUGACUGGUCUCUUGAGGAUGAUGAUCUUCAGGAACCUCCUUUCAGUAGUCUUGAAGUCCUUCCUCCUGAAGACCAGCAGGCUCAAACCUCUCCAGCUUACAAACGGAAACGCUUGGAGAGUGACCUUGAGCCUAUUAGAGAGAGUAAUGAUAAUCAGGAGAGACAGAAGAGGAGAAAGAGUAGCUUGGAGAAGCUGUCCUCUCUUCAUUUGUUUGACCGAAGCAGCAGUUCAAGGUCAGGGUCAGAGAGUGGAGGACCAGAUUACUGCAGCUAUUGGUGAGAGACAAGCUGAGGAUGAAACCAAGCAGUCAUCUCUUAUCAUUGGCCGAAAGAGAAAGCAAUGUCCUCUCAGCGAUCAGUUGUACGACUCCCAUCAUAGUACACCACCAACAUCCAGCACCAAUGCUGCUGAGAACAAUCUGCCCGUUGGUGCUGGUGAAGAGCAUGAGAUGCCAAUGAGAAAGAAAAGGAGGUCAGAGAGUUUUGAGAAGCUGCUGUCUCUUAAAUCUGUCAAGUGGAGCAGUGGCUCAGACCAGGCAAUGAUAUACUCCAUUUCCUGGUCUGUAGAGGAUCUAGAGGAACCUCUUUCCAGUGACCUUGAAGACCUUCCUCCUGCAGAUCAGCAGGUUCAAAGCCCUCCAGCUCCAGUCAACCACAGUCCAAUAACAUUCUGAGCCCGUAUGAAAUGGGCAAAAUGCUUGGUGAGGGAGGAUGUGGCUGCGUCUAUGAAGGGAAACACUUGGAGGAUGACCUUGAGGUACUGUCAUGUUCUUAUAAUAUUUAACUACAUUGUUUUGUCUCACUAUUUCCAUUGUACAUCAUCUCAGUGUAUAUUA